AAAACUCCCGUUGUGACAGCAAAACAUAACCUCACAAAAAACUUACAUAAAAUUUCUAAUGAAACUAUUUUGUUUUUCUAAAUAUUUUUAAAAUAAAACCGAAAUAAGUUGCAGAAAGGCAACUAAAUAAUGAACAAUUAUCAUUAUUUGGACGUGGAAUUGAAACUCAGAGAAAACUCUACUGCCGUUGUUACACCUGCAUAUUUUCAAGGUAGCAUAGAAACAUCCUUAACAGAUUUCUUUGGAGAGAUAGGAGGUCAAACAGAGUUAGAAUUGAUAAAAUUUGAUGGUGAUCUAAAGCGCGGCAUACUCAAAGUACCACAAGCAUUUUCUAGCCAAACAAAAGCUGCCAUUACAUUAAUUGGUCGUUUCCAAGAUAUACCCUGUCAUUUUCAAAUUUUGAAAACAUCUACACAACCUUUAGAUUUGGCAUAAAC